AUGGCUAGACAACUUACAAAAAAAAUGGACGAGGAGAUUGAUAGCAGAUUUCAUUAUUCCAUUCAGAACCCAGAGAAUCGUGAUUUCAACCGAUCAUCCUACAGGAAUUAUGGUAAAACCGCCUUUUGUCGUCCGGUUCUAAUGGUAACGAUGUGGGACGUGGUGUGUCAGUUAUGGACGAACUACAUUAUGGAAAUGAACAACUUCGAGGAAAUGGAGCUUCAAGACCAGAAAAAAUAUCUUUCCAGAAUGCUAAUUAUCUUAGCCGACAAAAUUAUAAUGAUGGUGACAAAUGUGAACGAUCGCCCAACAGCAGUAAAUGUAACAAUAUCAGCGGAAAAAAUGAAGAUCGUAAAAUUUAUGUUCGGAGCGUCAGUUCGCAGUGGAGCAGGAAAGAAGUCGUACGAGAACAACGAAUUAAUAGCAAUGUCAAGGGUGAAAACUAUGCCGAUACUACAAUGGUGCCAUUCGAAUGUUGCCAAACCAAGAGAGAAUCCGAUCGUUGCAACUGUCCUUGGGGCAACUGCGCAGAAUCGGUGUCUUGGCGGGCAAUGCAUGGACGAAAGAAAAACCGAAAACACCGUGUCGUCUUGUGGUCCCGAACGUUCAAUCUGUCAAAACAACGAUUCCAGAAACCAUGUCACAUGUGCAGAAGGGCGAAAAGCUGGAUGA